AUGUCUGUCGUUGAGAAAGUCAUCAUUGUUACCGGCGCGGGCAGUGGGAUCGGGAAAGCCACGGCCCUGCUUCUGGCGGCAGAAAAGGCUAAAGUCGCCCUUUUUGAUAUCAGCCCGAGCAUAUGGGACAUUGAGGCACAGAUAAAAUCUUCCGGGGGCAGGGCUCUUGCAAUAAAGGUGGAUGUCAGCUCUUCUGCUGAAGUCAGUGCAGCCACUAAGGCCGUCGUGGAGGCCUUCGGCCCGAUUGAUGGUGGUGCCAACUUGGCUGGUGUCUCGGGAUCGGGAACAAUUAAUCUGGAGCAGGAAACGGACGAUGAAUGGGAUCGCGUGGUUAGGAUUAAUUUGGGAGGAGUCAAGAACGCUUUGCGUGCCCAACUCCAGCAUAGGAAUCCCAAGGGCGCCUCGAUUGUCAACGCUUCAAGCAUAGGGGCGCGGAUAGGAUCACCUGGAAAUGCUGCCUACUCUGCCAGCAAAGCAGCUGUCAGUGGUCUCACCAAAUCUGUCGCCCGGGAGAUGGGUCCUCAUGGAGUCCGAGUCAAUGCCAUCGCACCUGGUAUCACGGAUACGGCCAUGGUCGGCGCUGUACCAGAAUCCAUUCGUGAGGAAUGGAGAAAGGCUAAUGUUCUUGGACGAUUAGCCGAGCCUGUUGAGAUCGCGAAUGUUAUACUCUUCCUCCUCAGCGACAAUAGCUCCUUCAUUACCUCAUCAGUCGUUGAUAUUGAUGCUGGUCGCGUCUGA